AACUGCUGAAGAUCAGUUUAAGCCGCCCAUUGUUGCUUCUUCCCGAAUAUUUCGUUUCUCGAGGAGAAGUAGCUUGUACACGGUUAGGAUCCCAACUCAACGGAGUCAGUGAGGGGAGCAAAAAGGGAGGAAAAGUUUUGAAGCAAGGAACUCCGUGAUUCCCAUUCCUCCAUUUUGAACUUUUAAACUACAGUUUCUGCCUGUGGAUUGUUUUCAACACCAUGACAAACAUCAACACAGCCAACAUCAACUUCAAAUGGGACCCAAAGAGUCUAGAGAUUCGUACUCUGGCAGUGGAGAGGCUGCUGGAGCCUCUGGUCACACAGGUCACCACGUUGGUGAACUCCAGCAACAAAGGCCCAUCUAACAAGAAGAAAGGACGCUCCAAGAAGGCUCAUGUUUUGGCGGCGUCUGUGGAGAAUGCCACCCAGAACUUCCUGGAGAAAGGAGAAAAAAUUGCAAAGGAAAGUCAGUUCCUAAAGGAUGAGCUUACUGCUGCCGUGGAAGACGUCCGCAAGCAAGGUGAGUCAAUGCGGCAGGCUUCUGGAGAGUUUGCAGAAGACCCUUGCUCAUCUGUGAAGAGGGGCAAUAUGGUCCGUGCUGCCAGAGCCCUCCUGUCGGCAGUCACACAUCUGUUGGUGCUGGCAGACAUGUCUGAUGUCUACAAACUUCUGCUGCAGCUUAAACUGGUGGAAGAGAAUCUUGUGAAAGUGCGUAAUGCCGGAACAGAGCAGGACCUUGGGAUCCAAUAUAAGGCCUUAAAACCAGAGGUGGAUAAGCUGAACAUCAUGUCCGCCAAGAGACAGCAGGAGCUAAAAGACAACCACCACAAGGACCAAAUGGCUGCUGCUCGCGGUGUGCUGCAGAGGAACAUCCCCAUGUUGUAUACAGCGUCUCGUGCCUGCCUCCAGCACCCUGACGUGGCAGCCUACAAGGCUAACCGUGACCUGAUCUACAAGCAGCUGCAGCAUGCCGUCUCCGGCAUCUCCAACGCCGCUCAGGCCACGGCCUCUGAGGACUCGGCACUCAAUCAGCCAGCAGGCGGUGGAGAGCUUGCCUACGCCCUCAACAAUUUUGAUAAACAAAUCAUCGUGGACCCCCUGGCGUUUAGCGAGGAGCGCUUUCGUCCCUCCCUGGAGGAGCGCCUUGAGAGCAUUAUCAGUGGUGCUGCCCUCAUGGCCGACUCUUCUUGCACACGUGAUGACCGCAGGGAGCGCAUAGUGGCCGAAUGCAAUUCUGUGCGCCAGGCUCUUCAGGACCUUCUGUCUGAGUACAUGGGCAAUGCUGGAAGGAAGGACAGGAGUGAUGCUCUGAACACUGCCAUCGACAGGAUGACCAAGAAGACCAGAGACCUCCGCAGACAGCUGCGUAAAGCUGUAAUGGACCAUGUCUCUGACUCUUUCUUGGAGACCAAUGUCCCCCUCCUGGUCCUGAUCGAAGCUGCCAAGAAUGGCAACGAGAAGGAAGUCAAGGAAUAUGCACAGGUGUUCCGUGAGCACGCCAACAAGCUGAUCGAGGUGGCCAACCUGGCAUGCUCCAUCUCCAACAAUGAAGAGGGAGUGAAGCUGGUCCGCAUGGCAGCAUCUCAACUGGAAACUCUUUGCCCCCAGGUGAUUAAUGCAGCGUUAGCCCUUGCUGCCAAGCCCAACAGUAAGGUGGCCCAGGACAAUAUGGAUUUGUUCAAGGAGCAGUGGGAGAAGCAGGUCCGUGUCCUCACCGAUGCCGUUGAUGACAUAACAUCCAUUGAUGACUUCCUCUGCGUGUCUGAGAACCACAUCCUGGAGGAUGUGAAUAAGUGUGUCAUCGCUCUGCAGGAGAAAGAUGUUGAUGGUUUGGAUCGCACUGCUGGGGCAAUUCGAGGCCGCGCCGCCAGAGUCGUCCACGUGGUCACUUCUGAAAUGGACAAUUAUGAACCUGGAAUCUACACAGAGAAGGUCUUGGAGGCCACCAAGCUUCUCACCAACACAGUCAUGCCACGGUUCACAGAGCAAGUCGAGUCUGCAGUGGAGGCCUUGAGUGCAAACCCCUCACUUCCUGUGGAUGAGAAUGAGUUCAUCGACGCAUCCCGUCUGGUAUAUGAUGGAAUUCGCGACAUUCGCAAGGCUGUCCUCAUGAUCAGAACUCCAGAGGAGUUGGACGACUCUGACUUUGAGACCGAAGACUUUGAUGUUCGCAGCAGGACCAGCGUGCAGACAGAGGAUGACCAGCUUAUUGCCGGCCAGAGUGCACGGGCUAUCAUGGCCCAGUUGCCCCAGGAGCAGAGGGCGAUUAUUGCCGAACAGGUGGCUAGCUUCCAGGAAGAGAAGAGCAAGCUGGAUGCUGAGGUAUCCAAGUGGGAUGACAGCGGCAAUGACAUCAUUGUGCUGGCUAAGCAGAUGUGCAUGAUCAUGAUGGAGAUGACAGACUUCACCAGGGGUAAAGGGCCUCUGAAGAAUACAUCUGAUGUCAUCAGCGCCGCCAAGAAAAUUGCAGAGGCGGGAUCACGAAUGGACAAGCUGGGCCGCACCAUCGCCGACAAUUGCCCCGACUCCACCUGUAAGCAGGACCUGCUCGCCUACCUGCAGCGCAUCGCCUUGUAUUGCCACCAGCUCAACAUCUGCAGCAAAGUCAAGGCCGAGGUGCAGAACCUGGGAGGAGAGCUUGUUGUCUCUGGGUUGGACAGCGCCAUGUCCCUCAUUCAGGCCGCGAAGAACCUGAUGAACACAGUGGUGUCCACUGUCAAGGCGUCCUACGUUGCAUCCACCAAGUACCAGAAGAACAAAAACAUGGAGGCCCUGAAUAUGCCGGCGAUCUCCUGGAGGAUGAAAGCUCCCGAGAAGAAGCCGUUGGUGAAGAGGGAGAAGCAGGACGACGGCCAAACCAACAAGGUCAAGAGGUCCUCUCAGAAGAAGCACAUCAACCCCGUGCAGGCUUUGAGCGAGUUCAAGGCCAUGGAUAGCAUCUAGAAUACCCCGUUCUUGAUUUACAGAGGACACAACAUAUUGACCAAUGAGUUUAUAUAUAGAUGAAGCUUGUCAUUCUACUAAAAGAAACCGGUUUUAUCGUAUAGUUUCCACCUUUUGCGUAGACGACUUGUCUGUAUGACCUAUUAUAUUCCUACAAUGCCUCGUUUCUAUUCCAUAAAUUCAGAUUUGCUCUACUCUGAAGCAUUAACUGUCUCUUCUCUGGAAAAUGCAGUUAGGGGGAAAUCAACUGGACAAAUGCAGUUUUUAUUAUAUAUUUCCCAUGUUUUUCUUUCAUGUUUAUGGGAGGAAGGGGAGCAGAUUUCAUAGGUAUUAUGAGAACUAAUUCCAAGAGGCUUUUGGUUAUUUUGUAUUCUAACCAGUUUUAUAGUAAUACUGUGGGGUCGCUGGUGUUUUCCACUACAAUGUUUGAUUAUGGCAAAAUACCUUCAAUACUGCGAACUAUGCAAAAUCUGUCUGUCUUCUUUUGACUUGAGCAAUAACUGUAGUUCAUUUGGAUGUGCUGGGCUAACUGGUAAGAUUUUAAUUAUGUUUUGCUUCCUUAAGGAACAAAAGUCAAAAUAUUUCCAUGUGUGCCUGCCUUUUUCUAACUUUGUACUUUUUUGUUAUGCCACUAUAAACCGUUCAAAAAGGUUUUAACUGACCUAAACACUA